AUGAAUACAUCAUUAGAAUCAAACAAGAAACGAAAGAGGAAUAAUAAUAAUAAGAAUAAGAAUAAGAGUAAGAAGAAUAAUGAACAAACAACAGCAACAACAACUUCUUCUUCGUCAUCUGAACCAAAGAUAAUAGAAUAUGAUAUCAAUGGUACAGAGAUAUGUUUCUUGUUUAGAAAGUUUGGAAAGUGUAGAUAUGGUGAUAAGUGUAAUAGAUCUCAUCUAAUCAAUACAACUGAUAAUGCUAUUGCUGUUACUACAUCAACAACAACAACGACGACGAAUAAUGGAGGAGUUGAAAAGAAGAAUAAUAUGGUUCAAAAGUUGAUAUCUUUAUUUACUUUUAAUCAGUAUCGUAUAGAUGAUAAAUUGGUACAACAAACAUUUGAACCAAUUGAAAAAAAGAUGGUAGAGAAUAAUAUAAUGAUGAUAUCACGUUCAAGAAGAUUGAUUGUUGGUAAUAAUGGUAAUAAUAAUAAUAUUCCCAAAUCAUUGUUAAAGGAUAUGAAGAGACAUCAUUAUACUAUAAGAACAAAGAUUGAGAGUGCACUUGCCAAACCUCCAAUACUCUAUGAAAGAGUGAUACUCAAUCGAAGACAAACCAUCAACUUUAGUAGAAUGAGACCUCUAGUGUAUCUGCUGUUAAAGCCACUAUUGAAACUGGAUGUUGCCGAUGAAUGGUUACAAUCGAUUGGCAACAGUUUGAUUGCUAUGCUUCAAACAGACUUGUUUAAACCAAUAUCUAUCGAGAGAAGAUUGAUACGAUGGGGAAUAAUACAUAUGCGAGCCAGAAAAUUAGUUGUAUUUCUAUGGAACAUUAUGAUACAAUCAUCUCAAUCAAAGACUCGGAUAUCAUCACUUGUUUUAAAGUGUGAAAGAGAGGUUAGAAAUGGUGAUGUUCAAUCUAUUGAUUAUGCAAGAGCUCUCAAUUAUUGUAAAUUCUAUUCAAAGUUUUCUCAACAACAACCGACUAGAAAAAUACAACCAAUCAAUGAUAAUAAUAACAAUAAUAAUAAUAAUAAUAGUGACAAUAAUAAUACAAUUGAAUGGAUUAAUGAUAAAGUUUCCAUUCCAUUAUCAAUGUUGUUAGAGAUUGAAUCAAAAGUUGAACAACAACAACAAGUUCAACAACAAUCCAAUUCUAAUUCUAAUUCCAACAACAAUAAUCAAAAACAACAUAAUAAUAAUAAUGAUAUUCAUUUUAAAAGACGACAGAUGAAAUUACAACAAUUAGAGAUGCUUUCUGAAUUAAUGAAAAAUAAAGAAUAA